AUCGACUGAUCUCUCCCGCAGUUUUCUUAAAUGGUUAACUUAAUUCCCUCUUUCAUUACGCCCCGGCCACGAGACCUAUAAUUUCAUGGUCACUUCAAAGUAUUUAUGUAAAAUAUCAUUAUAAUGCAUUAAAAGGUUAAAUUUGUCGAAUAUAAUGAAUCAGCUGAUCAGACGCGGGAACAUUUGAAUAAUGGAGCAAUAUCUCAUGAAGAUAUAAUUUAUCAAUAAGAAAUGCAAUAAAAAAUCGAUUUGAGACGUCAGACUGGGAUUUAAUGAAUCAAAAAUCAAAUUUCGAAAAAAUGUAGCGAUGAAAAAAAUGCUACUAAAAAAGCGGCGAGCUUUCAAACCCGGCCAGAGAUAUACAUGCAAGUUUUGACGCGCACACUCUGAAAAUCAUCGCAGUUUGGAAUAAUCUGAGCGGAUAGUGUUGUUUUGAUUACAUCUGCAUCUCCGCAAUACUAAUAAGACGAGAAAACAUUCCAUUCUUGUCUUCGCAAUGACACUGAAACAUGAGCGAGGUGCCAGUACGCGCACCGAAAUAGAUCAUCAGUAUUCUUCCUUCUUCUUCUUCUUCUUCCUAUCGACUCCGCUUGCUGUCCCGUUAUGCUGUGUUUAGUGUAGGACCGCCACUGCUAUGACUAUCAUUAGCGAGCACGCAAGAAUAUGUAUCUAUGUCUAUAACCUCGUGCACAUGUAUAUGUAGUCGGAUAUAUAGCGCAACGAAGAGAUACGUAAACAAGCGUGCGUUAUCGUAAAAUAGGCUCUUACCAAAGAAACGCAGUAUAUCGGUCCCAAAAAUUGGCAAUUACGAACAACUCGAAUGAGGAGAAUAGUUGUAUCGAUUCUCAAGGUAGUGGAGGAUCGUCCUGUUUUAUCUCCACGUAGAGGAUGGUCCUGCGUAAGUCACUGAGGAUCCUUGAAAGUUCAAUCAAGCUCAAGGCUUCCGAUCGUGUUUGUUUACGGGCUUUUUCGAGUCUGCCCAGACUCACGCCACAAGAGGUAACAGAUAUACUGCAAGCCAAUGAAUUUACCAAAGAAUUUGAAGGUCCAAACUCUGUCAAGAGUUAUGAGUCUAAUCAGUUAGCAUCUAAUAAUCCCAUAGAGGAUACCAGAUCAGAAGCAAGAUGUCUACUAACAAAUGGAUUACUCCUUGGAGUGUUCGAUGGUCAUGGUGGCAGUGCAUGUGCUCAAGUUGCAUCAAAACGCUUGCUGAAUUACAUUUCAGCAUCCUUGCUUCCUCCAAACAUACUUGAAACAUUCAUUGACGAAAUUAAAAAAGGAAAUAAUCCACAAUUAUUGGAGACAUUUAAUGAUAAAAUAAAGUUCAUUAAAGAAAUUGAUGAAUUCUAUCAUGCAAGUUUUGUCACUUUCCUGGAAGACUUGAAAAAAAAUGAUUCUGCAAAUGAAUUUCAAAUGGAAGCAGCUUUGGAAAAAGCCUUUUUAAGACUAGAUGAUGACAUUUCCACAGAAGCUUUAACAGCAACUGGUAAAAAUAUUACCAGAACAUUAUCUGUAGCAAUGUCUGGUGCUGUGGUUUCAGUUGCCCACAUUGAUGGUCCUCACUUGCAUGUUGCUAAUGCAGGAGAUUGUCAGUGUGUUUUAGGAGUUUUAUCUGAUGAUGGUUGGUCUACAAAAAUGAUGUCUGUGGAACAUAAUUCUGACAAUCGGUCCGAAGUGGAGAGAAUUCAAUCCGAGCAUCCACCAAAUGAGAAAUCAUCAGUUAUAAAAAUGGAACGAUUACUUGGUCAAUUAGCGCCGCUACGCUCAAUGGGUGAUUUUCGAUAUAAAUGGAGCAGAGAAAUUUUAGACUCUUUAGCAGUGCCAUAUUAUGGACAAAGUGCAAUUCCUCCUAAUUAUCACACUCCUCCAUAUUUAACUUCCAAACCAGAAGUUGUAUAUCAUAGACUUACUCCUAAGGAUAAAUUUUUAAUAAUAGCAUCUGAUGGUCUGUGGGAUUUUAUUUCUCCAUUAGAAGCUGUUAGACUUGUAGGUGAACACAUGAGUGGUAAAGUUACUCUGAGUCCAUUAAAACUACCAGAAAAACACAUGAAACUUUCUGAUAUCAAUGAAAUGUUACUUCAAAGAAAAGAAGGUUUGAAAAAGAAACCUCUGGAUGGAAAUGCUGCUACUCAUUUAAUAAGAAAUGCACUUGGUGGUACAGAAUAUGGAAUAAAGCAUUCUAAAAUAUCAAAAAUGUUAACGUUACCAUCUGAAGUCGUAAGACUGUUUAGGGAUGAUAUUACGAUAACUAUUGUAUACAUGGACUCAGAAUUUCUGAGGCACUGUCCUUCAUAAAUAAAAUUGUUACUACU